GAGCGCGGCGGGCGAGGCGCAGCGCAGUAGCGCGCUAUCCGCCGCGGCCGGCCGCCGUACGCGCGCAACGAACGAACGACCCGCACUCCCGCGCACGAUACAACGCGACGCGUCGCAAACGACGAACCGAUCCGCCCCGAACAACCCCUAAUAAAAAUCAUACCACUUUUAUUUGACGGAUCGAUAGCAAACGCUGGCAGCGAGGGCGGAUUUAACGAAAAAAAUCGACUAACAAAUUCGAAUCGCACGAAGGUGUCGCCUCGCAAAAAGCGCAACACAAUAGAGUAAGCGUCUAAUUAUAAACGUGGUGGAGUUAGUACCAUCGAGAUGCAGAACAUCGAUCCGCUGGAGAUCGCCAACAUCCUGGCCACGGAACUGUGGUGCCAACAGCUGGCAAAUCUCGAGGGCCUCCAGUCGGGGGUCCCGACCCGCACCACGGCCACCAUCACGCCGACUCAGCUGCGCAACUUCGAACAGACAUACAUCGAGCUGAGCAAUUGUCGCAGUGAACCCACACACGCAGGGUUCGUGCCCCCUUCAGUCACGCACGCCAACAACUACGGCAUACUGAAUCCGGUGGGCUAUUGCGAUUCGGGCCCGACGACGGCGCUGCAUGUGUCGCCGGGCCCUCUCUCAGCCAGCGGCGAUAGCAGCAGUAGUCCCGGACUCCCAGCACCUAAACGGCGCAACAUGGGUGGCAGGCGACCAACUAAGGCGCCACAAGACCUGUCCCCCGAGGAGGAGGAGAGACGCAAGAUCCGGCGCGAGCGCAAUAAGAUGGCGGCCGCCCGCUGCCGGAAACGGCGACUGGAUCACACCAACGAGCUGCAAGAGGAGACCGACAAGCUGGAGGAGAAGAAGCGAGCGCUCGAAGAUGAGCUGCGACGAUUGAGCGCUGACCGCGAACAUCUGCAGUCUGUGCUGCAGCACCACCUGGGCAGCUGUAGACUACGCGCCCCCCCUACGCCCCCCUCGCCUCCCUCUCCGCCAGAUGUCAAGCCCUAUUUAUAUGAUUACCGGUCGGAGCCCGCGGAUGACGUACGCGUUAAAGUCGAGGCGGUCGAACCAGUCGAGCCUGCGCAUCUAACGCUCCACGACGACAUAUUCACCACGCCCAUGUCUGAUAAGAAGAUGAUGUUAUCAGUGGCGAAUCCCGCGGUAGUGACGCAAGCGAGUGGGGUAACGGAGGGGGGUGUAUUGGAGACCCCUCCUGUGAGGCCCACCCGGCCCACCUUCCUGCAGGUGCCACUGCACGCUAACCCCGCACAAACGCACAAGCUGAAAGUAUCCGGUGCAAGUGAGACAACCGUAGCGGGUGUGGAGAUCAGCACGCCCAGUAACGGCAUUCCGUUCAAUUUCGACAGCCUCAUGGAUGGCGGCACCGGCCUUACUCCCGUCCAUCCCCACCCUCACCCUCUCCCUAUCUCCCUCUCGUUGCCUCUCUCUCGCACGUCCGCACCAACAGAUACGCUCGUCAGCCUCUAGCCGAACACACCGUGUCAUCAACUCAACUUUACAAUCAAUCCCGGUUCGAAAUACGGAAGGACGAUCGUAGGACAUCGCUCAAAUUUUGUAUGCUAAAGAAACUUAAGGAAUUUUAUUUUUAUAUUAACAUUUUAAUCUGAUAUAGUUCAAUUCUUUCUUUGUAAAUGGAGAACUUUGCUUUUAUAUCUUCGUGUAGGUUUGUG